AUGUCCUACACGGAAGAGGAUUAUUACGACGACGCGGAGUACACGGUGGAAUACGACCACAACUACAACGAUCAAUGGGCUUUGGUGUCAUCUUCAGAGGCCGAGUGUCCAUUAGCGGAUAUCCGCGCAAAUACGAGGCUUUUUACUACCUUGUCCACAAGUGAAGUUUUAGAGGGUCUACAAAGAGAUGUUGGGAAGGCAAAUGAGAUUCUUGGUCUUACGCCAGAGGCUGCACUUCUCGUUUUGCGCCAUUACGGCUGGAAGAUGGAUGACGCUACGCUUGAGAGAUAUUUUGCUGAAAUGGAUGACGUCAAUGAAAAGCUUAGGAUUACAGAGGCAGCUUUUAGUGGUGAUGGCACUGGCUCUGAGUUGGUGCGGAAUGACCGGUCGAUGGAGUGCCCCAUAUGCGGUGAUGAUGUUUCCGCAGAGAAGACAGUGGCUUUGGCAAAUUGCCGUCAUUUUGUGUGUGUUGAUUGCCUGACCACAAAUCUUCUUUGCGCUGUCAAGCAUGGUCAUGACCUGCUUGAUAGACGGUGCCCAAUGCGAGGAUGCUGUAGUCUUGUGGGGUUGAAGGUCUUUAAGGAGCUUUUACCAACGAAAGAGUAUAGACGGGUUCAGCGGCGUUUUCUUAAUGAUUAUCUUGGUGGCAAUACUCAUAUGCGCUGCUGCCCAAACGAGACACCUUGUGAGGGGGUGAUACGCGUUGCCGUCCGACAAGAGUCUGGUCCAGAGGUCCGCUGUGAUGUGUGUUCCCUAGAGUUUUGUUUUACAUGUCUUCAGCCCCCUCACCCUCCGGCAACAUGUGAAAUGAUGCGAAGCUGGGCGAAGCUGUUGCAAGAGAACGAACCCUCGCUAGCACUUAUUCAAGAAACGACGAAAGGGUGUCCAAAAUGUUCGGUGCGUGUGGAAAAAAAUAUGGGUUGCAAUCACAUGAAAUGUAUAUGCUGCCAGUAUGAGUACUGUUGGGUCUGCUUAGGCCCAUGGCUCAACCACAACGCCAGCUUCUACGAGUGCAACAAAGUAAGGAUGGGUGAAACUAAGAACGAAAAAAACAUGCUUCUCGAGUGCUUUGAACGGUGGGACAAUCACAAGCGCAGUAUUGCGCUGGAGACAAAGUCGCUACAGGAGAUAUUUGAGAAGAUACGAAAACUUACGCAAAACAACAAAGAGACCUCAACAUUGGACAAGACGUUGUCGCUUUUAUACCACACACAGCGUGUAUUACAUGAUUGUCGUGUUGUACUCAUGAAUGCAUAUAUUGCACUCUUCUUUGGUGGGAUGGCGGGCUCAUCUCUGCAGUAUCGUAUCCAGCAGCUGGAGUUGCGGAUAGAAGAGACUAGCAGACUUAUCGAUGCCCCACCAGAGAAUCUUGAUGUCGAUGAAAUUGAGUCUCGUAGUCAUCAAGCAAUUCAUUGGUGCAACGUUUUGCGGAAAGAGGGAUCUGAUUGA